CGACAGAGAGAGAAGAGAGUUUGGAUACAAACUUGCAAGAUGCAAUAUAAAAAGUGAAGGAACCGUGUCAGUUAAGGUCAAACCCACCAACACCAACACCACCACCACCACCACCGCCACCGCCACCGUUUUGGAAGAGUAUAUGCUAAUAUAAGAUCCUCUACACUCGGCGACUCUCGCCGUUGGGUCCCAUUUCUGGGUUUUUUCUAUUAUUACUAUUAUUAUUCCCGGUGAGUUUUCCCGGUGGCCGGUAACCUCAAAAAAAAAAAACCGAACAGAGACAGAGAGAGAGAAUCUCGUAUUUGUUUGACUUGAUGAAGAGCCAGGCCAACAAAGGAAACAAGAGCAACAACAACAACAACAACAAUAACAAUAGCUAUAAUCUUAACCACCAAAAUAACCACCACCACCACCACCACCACAGUAACGGUUUUAUACCUAAUUCUUUGAAAUUUAUAUCCUCCUGUAUCAAAACCGCCUCCUCCGGUGUACGUUCCGCCAGCGCCUCCGUCGCCGCUUCUAUCUCCGGCGACAAUAAUCACUUCCAUAAAGACCAGGUAUUAUGGGCUGGCUUUGACAGAUUAGAGCUUGGUCCCUCUGCCUUUAAGCAUGUUCUCUUACUUGGUUACUCCAAUGGCUUCCAAGUCCUUGAUGUUGAAGAUGCAUCUAACGUCAGUGAACUUGUUUCGAGGCGCGAUGAUCCUGUUACAUUUUUACAGAUGCAGCCCCUCCCUGCAAAAGCCGAGGGUCAUGAAGGAUUCAGAGCAUCCCAUCCUUUACUCUUGGUUGUUGCAGAUGAAUCAAAGAGCUCAGACCUGAUGCAAAGUGCAAGAGAUGGGUUGGUCAGAGAUGGUUUUACGGAGCCUCAAAUAGGAAGCAGUGUCAUCUCUCCUACAGCUGUUCGAUUUUACUCACUAAGGUCUCACAAUUAUGUUCAUGUUCUGAGAUUUCGGUCAACUGUGUAUAUGGUUAGAUGCAGUCCUCAGAUAGUGGCUGUGGGUCUUGCAACACAAAUAUACUGCUUUGAUGCUCUGACUCUUGAGAAUAAGUUCAGUGUUCUCACUUAUCCUGUCCCUGAAUUGGGAGGCCAAGGAGUGGUUGGGGUCAAUAUUGGCUAUGGACCCAUGGCAGUAGGCCCCAGGUGGUUAGCUUAUGCUUCCAACAACCCAUUGUUGUCAAACACAGGCCGCCUGAGUCCACAAAGUCUUACUCCUCCAGGUGUCAGUCCAUCAACUUCACCUGGCAGUGGAAGUCUUGUUGCUCGAUAUGCCAUGGAGUCUAGUAAGCAUUUAGCUGCUGGGUUAAUAAAUCUGGGUGACAUGGGUUAUAAAACCUUGUCAAAAUAUUGUCAAGAGCUUAUACCUGAUGGUUCUAAUUCUCCUGUGUCAUCAAACUCAAGUUGGAAAGUUGCUCGGGUUGCAUCACACUCUCCAGACACAGAUAAUGCUGGAAUGGUUGUUGUCAAAGAUUUUGUUUCCAGAGCUGUUGUCUCACAAUUUAGGGCCCAUACUAGUCCAAUUUCUGCUUUGUGUUUUGACCCAAGUGGAACACUUCUAGUUACUGCCUCAAUACAUGGGAACAAUAUAAACAUUUUCCGGAUUAUGCCAUCCAGCUCACGAAAUGGAUCAUUAACUCAACCUUAUGAUUGGGGCUCUUCUUAUGUGCACCUUUACAAGCUCCACCGUGGCAUGACAUCAGCUGUAAUACAAGACAUUUGUUUUAGUAACUACAGUCAGUGGGUUGCCAUUGUUUCAUCCAGGGGAACUUGCCAUAUUUUUGCUCUUUCCCCUUUUGGUGGUGAGACGGUUCUCCAAAUGCAGAACUCUGAUGCUGAUGGUCCUGCCCUUUUGCCGGCUGUAUCUCGACCAUGGUGGUUCACUCCAUCUUUAAUGAUAAACCAACAAUCUCUUUCUCCCCCGCCCCCACCACCAGUAACCCUCUCUGUGGUCAGCAGAAUUAAAAAUAGUAACUCUGGGUGGCUCAACCAAGUUAGUAAUGCUGCCUCUUCUGCAGCAGGAAAGGUUUCCAUUCCAUCUGGUGCUGUUGGUGCUGUUUUUCAUAACUCUGUCCCUCAUGAUCUGCUACCUGCUCACUUAAAAGUCAAUUCUUUGGAGCACCUAUUGGUUUACACUCCUUCUGGUCAUACAAUUCAAUAUAAACUACUCCCAACAAUGGGAGGAGAUUCAAGUGAAGCUGCUUCCAGAACUGUGCCAGGUUCUUCUGUGCAAAUGCAAGACGAUGAGUUGCGAGUAAAAGUUGAACCGGUUCAAUGGUGGGAUGUUUGCCGAAGAAGUUCUUGGCCUGAGAGAGAGGAAUGCAUUUCUGGGAUUACUCUUGGCAGAAACGAAACUGCGGAGACAGUCAUGGAUGUUUCUGAUUGUGAGGAUAAUGAUAUUGGAAAUAAGGAGUUCAUAAAGCCUCAUGAACGAUCUCAUUUAUAUCUCUCCAAUGCAGAGGUGCAGAUUAGCUCUGGUAGGAUACCAAUCUGGCAAAAAUCUAAGAUAUCUUUCUCCACGAUGAGUCCUCUGGGAGCUAAUGAGCAGAAUUUCACUGAAAAUAUUACUGCUGGAGAGAUUGAAAUAGAGAAGGUUCCUGUUCAUGAGGUUGAGAUUAGGCAGAGGGAUUUAUUGCCUGUUUUUGACCAUUUCCUCAGAAUUCAGUCUGAUUGGGGUGACAGGGGCCUUGUUGGCGGAGUAUGCUCGAGUUCAUCUUCUGAUUCUCAUGGAGCUAAAGAACAGUUCUCAGAAGAUGCCGUUAUUUGCCACUCUAAGUUGGUAUCACCUUGUGCAGCUGAAAACUCAGAUGAUAGAUUAUCCCAGGAAUUGUAUCCAUCCAUUGUCCAAUCUGGGAAUGAAAAUAAGGUGGAGAAAGGAGGGAGAUCAGUUUUGUCAUCACCUCUGCUGAAUAAUAACUGUAUUAAUAAAAAUAGUAAUUCAAUUUCUGCCAAAAAACCUACAGCCGGUGCUUCUCUUGUUCAGGAUGGUAAUUUCACUGAUAGUCUUUCCACUUUAACAAGUGAUUCACUCUCUGCUGAUAGAACUAUUGCAAAAGGAGUUCAGUCAUCAAACAGUGGAGGGAUCAGUGAAAAUUCAAAUAUAAGUUCCAACCGUUCUGAUAUGAGUAUGAAUGUUCUUGAUGAGGGACUAGUACAUAAUUCUCUAGACUUUGAGCAAUUUUUUCAAGAGGGGUAUUGUAAAGCACCACCUCAUGAUAUAACUGAAGUUGUUACUGAUGUGGACAGCAGUAGUAAUCCCUGUGAUAGGGAGAAAUCUGAGGAAGAUGGUGACAAUGAUGACAUGCUUGGUGUAUUUGCCUUCUCAGAGGAAGGUUGAUGUGUAACUUAUUGUGUCUAAAUCGUGCUGAACUGAUGCCAUCUACUCUUGCAUUCAGAGUGUUGUGUAAUGAUUGGUCUAAGCUCAGCCUAAAGGAGGGUGAGAUUCUAAUUGAGAAAAAUGGGUUAUUUUCUUUCAACAACUGAAUACCUACUGACUGAUUGAUACAAGUGAAAUGAUCUUGACGCAUCAAAGCAUUGCCGUUGCAAAUGCCUGGUUUCUUCCCUUCUAAUCCCAUGUACAUGUUGUAGAUUGAAAUUCAUAAUACAAAUUAUUUGUGUGGAAAGGUUCUUUCUAUGCUGUGUAACAUUAUUUAUUCGUCAAAGAAAAAGAAAAAAAGGAAAUAAAGAAGGAAAUGAAAGAGUUUAUUACUGUACAAAA